GCUAAAUAUCCACAAAGCCGUCGCCCACCCCGCUAUUACUCACUUGCUGAUUUCUGACGGGUUUAUCUUAUUUAAAUGCCCCUCGUCACUACGCAACUUUCUUACUCCUAACAAGAACAACGAUCACUGAUCAACAAACCUCAACUUCUCACAACUCCUUUCGCGACUACAAUCGUCGCUCCCAAAAAUCGCCUUCGAUCUCAUCUAUCACUCUAUUACGACAAAAAUCAAUCUAGUCAAACACCAUGCCUAAGAACAAGGGAAAGGGUGGUAAGAACCGUCGUCGUGGAAAGAACGAGAACGACAACGAGAAGCGCGAGUUGACCUUCAAGGAGGACGGACAAGAGUAUGCCCAAGUUGUGAAGAUGCUCGGCAACGGCCGUCUCGAGGCGCAGUGCUUCGACGGCGCUAAGCGCCUAGCCCACAUCCGCGGCAAGCUUCGCAAGAAGGUCUGGAUCAACAACGGAGACAUCAUCCUGCUCUCUCUCCGCGACUACCAAGACGAGAAGGGUGACGUUAUCCUGAAGUACUCGGCGGACGAGGCCCGCUCCCUCAAGGCCUACGGCGAACUCCCCGAGAGCGCCAAGAUCAACGAGACCGAUACCUACGGUCCCAACGACGAAGGCGAGUGCGGCUUCGAGUUCGACGAGGAUCGCGACUCCGAGACAGAUGGAGACGCUGCCGCCGGCGGUAAGGAAGUCGACAUCGACGACAUCUGAUCUUCUGUUGUUCUACCUUCACUCUCGAGGAGAAAUGGAAGCAUUCGCCCACCUGGUCUAUCGGUUUAUGUCGUAACGCUUUGCAACCUCGUCCACGAUAAACCUUCUCGGCCAUGGGAAAAACACUGUCUUCUCUCUCAAACCCGGAUGUCUUGCUCCUACUGUUAUUCUGGGUUCCACGACAGUCGGACGAUUGCAACUUCAGGCUAGUGGCAGGGUUUUACGGUGGGAGAGACGUCGUAGCCCCUUUGCCGCUUGGCAAUUCAUAAGACUGGUUUGCUUUUUUCACUUUCAGAUUUGCACAUUUCACACACUGGUUUUGGCAAGGCAUGGAGAGGAGAUCAUCGGCAUAAUGAUAAUGUAAUGACACCCAUCACGAGCACUCAUAGGUAGUCUGUUACUGCUGGUUCUCAAUACAAAACGCCUUUCCCCCAGUAU